UCUAUACUGUAUGUCAAAUGUCAGUGUAUUCUAAAAUAAGAACAGGGAAGGUCAUCUGAGGAACAGAGUUUUGUGAUGGAUUUUUAAAACCUUAUAAAAACAUUUUAUCAUUAAUACAUUUUAAAUUACACUCAUUAUUUUUAAAUUUUAGACGUAACAAAAUAACAUCAGAUUAAUCUACCAUGGCUUUGGCAAUAAUAUUGAGAAAUUCGACUAGAAUUCAAGCAUCCCCAAAUAUUUUCAAAAGUGCCGUCGCUAUAAACUCAAGGAAGUCAUUCACACAACUUAUCAGUGGAGCCAAUAAAAAUGUGAACAUUUUACCCAGAAUUAAUUUGGCUAGUUAUGUGAAAAGGAAUAUGUCUGCUGAUCAUAGCAAGUUGUGGCCAAUAGAAAAAGCUGUAACACUUACCCUUUUGGGUAUUACCCCACUAGUCUUUAUAACCCCCAAUACUGCUUUAAACGACAUUUUUGCUAUUGCCACUGUUGCUCAUUUCCAUUGGGGAUUGGAAGCUUGUGUGGUAGAUUAUGUAAGACCAAUCGUCGUUGGACCUGUUCUACCAAAAGUUACUCUUGCUUUGUUGUACUUACUUUCAAUUUCCACUUUAGGAGGACUUUUGUAUUAUAAUCAUCACUCAGUCGGUAUUGGUAACACUGUUAAAAAUUUCUGGAAGAUUCAGAAGUAAAAAAUAAUAAAUGCAAUACAUCUUUUUUGUUAACUUUAUAUUUAAUGUAUAUUACAGUAUUUCAUAAUAAAUAAUAUAUAAAGUUGCUUUUUAAGAA